UUAUAGGAGGAUUAUUAGUUUCUUAUUCAGUCAUUGUUUUUUAGACUGUAGGUGGUUAAACGACUCUGGAGCAUUGGUUGCAAUGUAAACUUGCACAUAGAGGGAAGCACUUAAAGCUACAGGGGAUUACUAGGAAGUUUAGAUCAAAUGAAGUCACCAGGGCUUGUACAUGCACUCGUGUGACGUCGUUAGUAAAAUAAUAAUAACAAUGAGUGUGACUGGUGACAAGCAAGGGAUAAGAAGUCUGUCAGAACACUUUAGCUUUAGCCUACAGGUGGGAGGGGAAAAUCGAAUCGCGCUUACUAUGCUGACGUCACAGCGAGGAAGUUUGCGCCGCGGGGAUCGCUGUAGCGCCGCGUUACUAUGGGGACGGGAAGCACCGUAGCACGCGCUGCUCUCUGGCGUCUCAUCCGCUUAUACGAAUCCGCCCUCAAAGCUUUCUGUGCUGCUCGCUGCCCCUGUAGUCGCGCUGCUGAACGCUACAUACGCUGCUGAACGGAUCCCAUGUCCCUGGCACUGGGUGAAGGCGGCAGCCCACGGAUCCCACGCGCAAGAGGAGGCGAAGGCGUCUGCCCACGCAUGACAGCUCCAAUGAACGGGUGAAUGUUGAAGCCUACGGGACUCACGUCGGACUGGCAUAGCUGUGGGCAGCCCACGCAUGGCGCUCUUGUAAAGUCCACGUCCUUGCGGAGGCUGAAGCACGACGAGCAUCACGGACAGGUGUAGCGGCAGAAGGGAUCAGUUCUCUGCUUCUAUCUUCCUCCUACACUGCACCAAUACUGGUUGUGUCACUAGUGGGACCGACUGAGCCCGUGACAGUUACCCCGGUGGCGUCUCUCUGCUGCCGCUGAUUUCCCCUCGCACCUUCUUUCUCCACCCCCCCCAUUCCCCUGUUGGGAUCUUCCUCGGGCGCUGCCAUGUGAACGUCUCUUUGGCUCCUUCAUGUUUUGCCCAGUCAGACUCGUGGAUUCUCCCAUGUAUCCCACCGGUUUCUUCAGGAUGGAUUUCAGCCAGGGCAGCUUGUUUGGCUACAUAGAGGACCUGGAGGGACUGACGAUCAUCGAGAGACCGGUCCGCAGAAGCCUCAAGACACCUGAAGAAAUUGAAAGGUUAACAGUUGAUGAAGAACUGAAUGACAUUGAAAGAGCUGUAUUCCUUCUCAGUUCUGGCCAAGAUAUUCAGGGGACAAGUGUUGUUGCCAAUCUACCAGUCUUAAUACGUCAGAGUCCUACAGAUACACUGCGGAGAGUGGUGCCAAAAGUCAGAGAGGUUCUCCAUGUUGCAGGAGUGGAGAUGCAGCUAACAGCUGCUUAUUCGUUCCUGACUAUUUUACAAGAAGAAUCCGUAUCGAUCCAUUCAUACUGCCACUCUUUCCUGCAAAUCAUUUUACAGAAUCUGGAUCACAGAGACACUGGGGUUAGCAAUGCAUGGCUGGAUACCCUUCUUGCAGUUAUAGAAGUUUCACCAAAGGAGACCAUCAGGCAUGAGAUAUUAAAUCCACUUGUUUCAAAAGCCCAGCUUUCCCAGACUUUGCAAUCUCGUUUAGCUAGCUGUAGAAUCUUGGGAAAACUUGCAAGCAAGUUUGAAGCUCACAUAAUAAAGAGAGAUAUACUCCCACUGGUGAAAUCCCUCUGCCAGGAUGUAGAGUAUGAAGUGCGAUCGUGCAUGUGCCGGCAACUCGAAUUCAUUGCUCAAGGUGUAGGGGCAGAAUUAACCAAAACUAUGGUUCUUCCUGAACUGGUCGAAUUAGCCCGAGAUGAAGGCAGUAGUGUGCGCCUGGCAGCUUUCGAAACCCUGGUUAAUUUGCUACUUGUAUUUGACCAUGAAGACCGAAGUCAGAUUGUCCUUCCACUAGUGAAGUCUUUCUGUGAGAAGUCUUUUAAAGCCGACGAAUCAGUCCUCACUUCUUUGUCUUUGCAAUUAGGAAAACUCUGCCAUGGGCUGCAAGGGAUAUUUACCCAGGAGCAGCAUAUUUGGUUUCUGGAGUUCUAUAAGAAACUCUGCAGGCUGGGCCUACACCAAGAAAAUGGACACAGUGACAAUCAAAUUCAGAACUUGGAGCUGGAGAAGAAGUACCUAUCAGUCAGAAAGAACUGCGCCUACAACUUCCCAGCGAUGGCUAUAUUUGUUGGUUCCAAAAACUUUCACAUAGAUCUGUAUGCCACAUUCUUUUGCCUUUGUCAUGAUCCUGAUGUGCCAGUGAGAUACACUAUGGCCGUUGGCUUCUGUGAAGUCAGUAAACUUUUGGGGGCUAGUGUGUAUAUAAUACACAAAGAGCUGGUAGCUUUAUUACAGGAUGACUCAUUAGAGGUCUUAGAUGCUUUAUUAGAUCACAUUCCUGAAACGCUGGAACUAAUGACAAGUGGUGGUGAAAACUCGGCAUUAGAGAACAAGCUUCUGAUUGUUCCAGAUCUGAUUCCAGCCCUGACAUCUGCAGAGCAAAGAGUUGCAAACUCUUUAAAAUGGAGGAGUCAUGAGAAACUACUACAGAAGUAUUCCUGCCUUCCACACAUCAUUUCCAGUGAUCAGAUAUAUUACAGAUUUCUGCACAGAAUGUUUAUUAUCAUUUUAACCAAUAAUGUCUUGCCUGUUCAAAAAGCAGCAGCUCGGACGUUGUGUAUAUUCCUGCGUUACAACCGCAAACAAGAACAAAGACACGAGAUUAUUCAGAAGUUAAUUGAACAACUGGGACAAGGAAAGAGCUACUGGAACAGACAACGUUUUUUAGACACCUGUGAAUACAUUCUGGAGUUUUUUUCAAAAUCUUUUUUUUGUAAAUACUUCUUUUUGUCAGUCUUGGAGCUCACAAGUGAUCCAGUUGCGAAUGUCAGAAUGAAAGUUUGCCACAUGUUGCCAAAGUUGAAAUCUACCCUAAAGCUCCCUGCGGAUAAGCAUUUGCUACAGCAGUUAGAAAUGUGUGUGAGGAGACUGCUAUGUCAGGAGAAAGAUAAAGACGUCCUGGCUGUAGUUAAAAAGACUGUGCUGGAACUAGACAGAAUGGAGCUCUCCAUGGAUGCAUUCCAGAAACGCUUCUAUGAAAAAGACUUGCUAGAUCAAGAAAAAGAGAGAGAGGAACACCUUCUUGUGGAAAUGGAGCAAAUCGAGAGGGAAAAACAGCAGAGUGAAUCGCGAUCUAGUAAUGAAAAGAGCUUCGACAAGAAGCGCAGAGACAGUAAAACAGGAUUAGGAUUGCCAAAAAAUCUCCCUGCUGUCAUUUCAGGAAGCUCGUCAAGCACACCGACAGUUGUAAGUAGAGAAGGCAAGAAGAGCAAGUUAAUGCGCAGCCAGUCUUUCAGUAGCAACGUGAUCCAUUCCAAGCAGAGCACCAUCGAGAGAUGUUCAAAAAGUAAUUCCAUGUUAAGUGUGGGGAAAAAUAUGUUGCUUCCAUAUGUAGAUGAUUCAAUUAAAAGUCGUACAAGCCAUGCUGGUGGGUCGGUCACCUUCACUAACACUACAAUAUCUGCUCCACGGAACUCUGCGUCAUCAAUUGAGCAGAAGUCAAAUGGCAGUAAAGAUUCUCAGUCCCGAAAGCUAAGCUUAAAAAGCAGAAAAUCAAAAGCAUAAUUGUUUGGCAGGUAACAAAGGAAACCAAAGAAAUGUCGUACCCACAACUGCUACAACAACAGCCAGUGCUAGCGCUCAAUGGAAAGAUGAGCUGUGCUAAACAAUAUCCUUGCUGAUCUUUUUUUGGAAGGAGAAAAUUGCUUGCGAAUAGUGUAUUUGCUUGUGAGGAUGGCUAUACUAAGUGAGCAAUGGUAAUCCAAAAUGCAGCCUCUUGUUACGGGUGCCUCAUUAUCGUGUAUGCAUUCUUUAUCUCAAAGCCAAUAGGUGGGCCUCUAGCUUGGACAUUCCUUCUUCUUGCUACAGCAAAACUAUAGAAGCAUUUCCUUAGCAGAGGUUUUCCUGUACUUCAACUAUUAGGAACAUUGGGAACACAGGCCAUCGAUCAGAAGCACAAAGGCAACCGAAAACAUACCGUGACGUCUAAGUGCAAAUAUCUUUUCUACAAAUCAUUCCCCUUUAUCACCAAACAAUUAUUUUGUAUAUACAUUAUUUAAUAUUUUGGAGUAUUUCAGAUAGUAUUUUCUCUUUAUCUAGUGGUUAAAUAUACUGAAUAUAGUUUUAUCUGUUCUUAAUACAAAUGACUGUACCAUGCUUUAGCUAUGUCCAUUACAAUUGCUUGUAUUAAUACAUUUCCUGGUUCAAAGAACAUAGUUUACCUGGAAAUACAAAUCUAUACAAAACAUGAAGCUAUUGUCAGCUUCCAUCUUUGCAGUCAAACCAGAAUAGGUUUAUUCAUAUGAAAGAAGUAUUUUUAUUUUCCACUGUAUUAAGAUUCUGCGGAAAAAGUCAGUCCAGUCUCUGAAUGUUGCUCUUGCUUUUUGCAAAGUGAAAAAUAAAGCACUGGUUUGCUGAAUACUUAGGACAGCACAAUGCAUGAUUCCAAAUAAAACACACAUUAAUACA